GCGCUGUGCGCUAGGCCCCUUCAUUCCUCAUCUGGCCGCCGAGGGUGGAAGGGAGAGAGAGAGAGAGAGAGAGACACACACACACACACACACACACACGGGAGAACCUGGCUUGCAAACACCGGCCAGCGGACAUGGACACUAUCAAGAGCGGCUGGUUCACGGAAACCUCCACCCUGUGGCCGGGCCAAGCCAUGUCCCUGGAGGUGGAUGAGGUCCUUUACAACCAGAAAUCCCCCUUCCAAGAUGUGGUUGUCUUCAAAAGCAAAACCUAUGGUAAUGUCUUGGUGCUGGAUGGUGUGAUACAGUGCACUGAAAGGGAUGAAUUUGCAUACCAAGAGAUGAUCGCAAAUCUAACUCUUUGCAGCCAUCCUAACCCUAAAAAGGUACUUAUUAUUGGAGGUGGUGAUGGUGGUGUUCUCCGAGAAGUGAUCAAACAUUCUGCUGUGGAGUCUGUAGCACAGUGUGAAAUUGAUGAGGAUGUGAUAAAGGUUUCUAAACAGUACCUUCCUGGUAUGGCAGUGGGUUUCUCGAGCCCCAAGCUGAAACUCCAUGUUGGUGAUGGCUUUGAGUUCAUGAAAGAGAACCAGGAUGCAUUUGAUGUAAUUAUCACUGAUUCCUCAGAUCCAGUAGGACCUGCUGAGAGCCUAUUUCAAGAAUCUUACUACCAGCUGAUGAAGAAUGCUCUGCGUGAUGAUGGGAUCCUUGGUGCACAAGGUGAAUGUCAGUGGCUGCACCUCGAACUCAUAAAGGAGAUGCGGAGGUUCUGUAAAUCCUUGUUUCCUGUAGUUGAAUAUGCGUACAGCACAAUCCCCACGUACCCCAGUGGACAGAUCGGCUUUAUGUUGUGCAGUAAAAAUCCUGAAACUAGUUUUCGUGAGCCUGUGAGACAACUGUCAGCAGAAGAAGUGGACAGAAUGCAAUUGAAAUACUACAAUGCCGAUAUGCAUCGGGCAGCAUUUGUUCUGCCAGAGUUUGCCAGAAAGGCACUUAAUGAUGCAUAAAACCAAUUCCAUUGCUCUGUUCGCUGCCUUCAAUGCUGGAAGAAGUUUUUACAAAUUCUGUCAUCGGUUUAUAAUGGACCUGUAAUGUACCAUACUGCAAAUUAACCCUUUCCUGUCUUCAAAGAGGAAACUUGACAUUCGACGCCUCAGGAGAUCAGGAAAUAGCAGCUCUUGGUGUGAAUAAAAGACCACAUUUCUUUAACUUUUAAAGAAAGUCACGGCCUUGUGAUUUCCUCCUGGAUUGUUUGGUGAACGCUGAUUCUUGUGGAGUUGGUCAGGUGUACAGCUGACCUCUAGACCUUGUAAGGUCAGCUGACUAACAGUAACCUCGAUUUAUAGACACUGCACGUGGCUGACAGCGUGGACCGCUGAGGCCUUAAUCCAUGAUGGUCCCAGACUGGAAAGGGUUAAGAAUUUUAAAGAAAAUACUAAUAAAAAUGCAACCAGAUCAUGUUUGGAACUUGAACUUGUGUGAAAACUUUCGACAUCAAGUACUUUCAAACUGAGGCAAUAAGGAACACACAAACCCUAACUGAUUUAUGUUCAAACAGCAUGCUUAAUCUUUCAAGUAUGAUGCUCUCAGUAGGAUUCGUUACAUUGUGUUGAAGUAGCAGCUCAGUUAGUUCAAUGUGUAGUGGAUUGUAUUGCACUCUUUCCCUUUCCAUCUCCCAUAUGAUCACAUUUUCUUUCCCCUUCAUGCAUGAGCACUUGCUUUUCAUUGUUCCUCUUCCCAAUGCACCGCCUUUUCCUUCUCCCUGUCCUUUUGUUUUUGCCCCUUUUUCUUUGUCUGUAUGUGUGUCUGUCCAGUUGUAUAUUUCUCUCUUUCCCCCUCCAGUCUUUUAUCUGUUCCAAUCAUUGCAAACCAGCUAAAUGAAGAGUGGUUUUCAAUUUUACUAUUUGCCUUGUUAGUAAUAUAUUGAAAAACUGAAGAUUCUGAAGGGCCUUGACUGGAUAGUCACUGAGAGGUUGCUUUCCCUGGCUGGGGAAUCUAGAACAUGGGGGCAUAGUCUCAGGAUAAGGGGACGAUCAUUAGGGCUGAGAUGAGAGAUUUCUCCACUCAAACGGUUAUGAAUCUUUGGAAUUCUCUGCCCCAGAAGGCUGUGUAUGCACCAUCAUUGACUUUCUUCAUGGCUGGGUUAGACAGAUGUUUGGUCACUCAGGGAAUCUAGGGGUUUGGGGAGCAGGCAGGAAAAUCAGAAGAUCAACCAUGAUUAAAUUGGAUGAUGGAACAGGCUCAAGGGACUGUAUGGUCCACACCACCUUUUUUUUAAUGUUCGUAUGUUCUUUGUAACUGUGGGCAGAUAGAUCAUUUCUUCCUGGUGAAGCUUUGCUCUGACUCUUCCAUCGUCAUGACCCAGUAUUCCAUGCUGAAAAGGGAUGAGUGAAUUUAACUGGAAAAAGUGAAGGCACAAAAUAUAUCAAAUGCUGGGCUGCUAUGGGUAUGUUUAUGAAAACUUGGUAGAUGAAAUAUUGAGGUGGAAAGGGACAGUGGUGGAAGGGAGCUAAUAGAUGGCAAUCCUGAAAAGAUCCCAUGGCACUAGACGAUUGCAUUCUGGACAAUUGUUAAAACUUGUCCAGUUAAGUCAAGUGAAUUCCAGCAUUUGGUCUUUUAAAUCAUAACCUUAAAAUGGUUCAAUUCUCAACUUGUAUUUAAGAGGACUUUAAGUUUCUUGAAGAUUAAAAUCUUGAUCCCUGUCAAUUGCACAUCCUCCUGAGGGGCGGAAUGUCCCACAGUUUUUUUUUUAAAUUAUUACCCAAAUCAGUGACUUGCUUCGCUAAGGUCUGUCAGCCAUUGGUCAGCUUUCAUCAAUGAUUAUUACCCCCAUUGCUUUCAAUAGAGCUACUUGUUCUCUGUGUUGUGGAGUGAGGAAGGUGACUGAUUUCCUUGAGUCUUCAGGUUGAGAUUUGUCUUUAAGUAAUGAUUUACACACCCCUCACUGCUAAUCUUCCCUUUUACUUUUAAAGAUUGAGUUGCCCCCUAUAUGUUGUGAUAUUUGCAGUUUUUGUGUAAUAAUCCAAUAGAAGCUCAAAUGAAGACCACUCGUUUCAUGAAAAAUUGGAAUAUGAUUCAAUGCACCAAUAGGAAUUUUGUGUAAUAAAAAUGGACCAUUAGUUUACAGUAAAUAAGUAAUAGCAGCCACCUUGUGUAUUCUUUAGUUAUGGUCAUUAGUUUUCCGUUUUCAUGAAAAAGCAGGUGUUGUCAAAAGGGUAAGAUUAAAAAUCUCAAUUGUAUAUAAUAAAAGGGAAAUUUAGCUUACUAAGUAAAUUAGUGAGCCCAGGACACAAGUAUGCUGUCCAAAAUGAUAACAGCUAGACUUGUUUGUUAACCUGAUUAUGUAAGGUGUCUGUUAUCUAAGCUAAUGUUUUGAAACACAAAUCCAUACUUUUAACAUUGUUUACACUUGCACAAUUAACUGUCAUACUGGUCCAAGAUGUUCAGCAGUUGUAAGUUUUGCAGAACCAAAUUAGUCUACAAUAAACCUUUCAAAGGG